GGCGGCGGCGGAAAUCCGAACAGUGCCUCGUGGAGCGACAGGAGCCUGCAGCAGCCCUCGCAGGCCGGAGGAGGGGCGGGGAAGGCGGCGAGUUCCUGCCCGCCCAGCGAAUGUAUGCAGCCCGGCGGGGGGGGCGCCUGGGGCUCCCCGGCCGCGGGGGUGGCGCCCUCCAAAUCCAAACCCCCUCCCUUCCCCGGGAAUCCGGAGGGUUCCCUUGGUGGCGGCGGUGGGAUUCCCGGAGACUGGAAGAGCGCGGUGGUGGCGGCGGCGGCGGCCGGCGGCAGUGCCAACUUCAACCCCAACGCCAACCCCUCAGCCUGGCCCGCGCUGGUGCAGGACGAAGGGGGCGCCGCGGAGGGCGGUGGCGUGCCCGGGGCCCCCUCCUCUGUCCCGCCUCCUCCUUCCACCUCCGCCGCCGCCGCCGCCACCUCCCCCGGUCCCUCCCUCCACCCGCCCGCGCCCUCGGCUUCCGGGAACCCGGCCGGCCAUCAGCACCAACUUCACCAAAUGCAAGGCAGGGAUCGCCACAAAGAGGACUGGGCCGCGGGGAAGGAGCACGGACAAGGGGCGGGACCAAAAAAAGCAGGGAAUGGGAACGGGGCCGCGGGAGAGGAGGUGGACUGCGGAGGGGGCGGCAGGGCUGGAGAAGGAGAUCCCUCCCUCUCCUCCUCCUCCUCCUCCUCCUCGUCGUCGACCGCCUCCUCUGCGUCCUCUUCCUGGAGAGCCCCGCCUUUCUCCUCGCACCCCAAGCCGGCGGCCGCGAGGACUGACGCUUGGGAGGGCAGGGGAGGGGGCAACGGGGGAGGCGCGGGGGCGGCGGGAGACGCCACGGCCCCCUGGGGCUACAGCGGCGGCAGCAGCCAGGAAGGGAAAGAGGGAGCUGGAGGGGGCAGAGCUUGGGGUCCGGGCGGUGGGGGCAACAGUAAGGCCCCCGGGGUAUCUCAGGGAGCGUGGGGGGCGCCGGGAGGAGGGGAGGAGCUUUCUGUGGGGGAGUGGGGCAAUUCCGGAGGGGGAGGGGGCAGCUGUAAUCAGCCGGCUGUCUCUUCGCCCACCACUACUAUGACAAGAGCUUGGGACAAUCAGAAGGGGGGGGAGCUGGGGGCCGGGGGGGAGUGGGGCUCCGCGAGGGGCGCGGGUGGGGGCCAGGGCAGUACAGGGAGGGGCGGAGGCGGGGCGCAGGGCUCUCUGCCGUCGUCCUCCUCCUCCUCGGGCAGCGGGGGCCGCUCCAGGGCGGGCGGGGGGGGCCACAAUCAGCACCACUCGCACCACGGCCACGGCCACCACCACCGGGCCGGCCCGCUCAGCACCCCCGAAGUGGCCUUACAGAACCUGCUCAGCAGGACCGACCUGGACCCGCGGGUGCUGUCCAACUCCGGCUGGGGCCAGACCCAGAUCCGGCAGAACGUGGCCUGGGACGUGGAGGGGGGCGGCGCGGCGGUGGGGGGCGGCGCCCCCGGCAACGGUAACCAGGGCAUGGCGGCCGGCGGCCAGGGGAAGAAUUCUGGGGGCUGGGGCGCAGGGGCGGGGGAGCCCCCGGGGCAGGGGUGGGGCAGCGAUGGGCAGGACUGGAGAGAGCGAGGCCGGGGAGGGGGGGGCAGCUGGGGAGAUUUCGAGCAGCAGGGCCCCCCCGGCGGAGGAGGGAUCGGGGGUGGCUGGGGGGGCGGCGGCCAGGAGGAGAAGGGGGUGGGGACUGGGGGCGGCUGGAAGGAAGUGGGGAUCAGGGAUGGGGGCUGGGGCCAGAGAGGGGGCAACGACUGGGGCGACCGCGACACCAAAACAGGAGGAGGAGGAGGAGGAGGAGGAGGAUGGGACGAAGGGAAAGGCUCGGAAGGCGGGGCCUGGGGCAGUUGGGACGAGGGGGGCCCCACGAGGAGGGGCUGGGGGGGUGCGACGGGGGACCCUGGAGGCAAGCCGCACCAAGGCUGGGGGAAACCCAACCAGAUACCAAACAGCCAGGCAGCCGCCCUGAAGACCCAGGGACAGCAGCAGCAGCAGUCCACCCUGGAGCCGGGCUCCGCGCAGGGGGGCUGGGGCCGAACUGGAGCGCCUCCCCCGGGCGCCGGGCUCCAGAACCAGAACCAGAACCAGAACCAAAGCACCGGCUGGACCUCUGGCCCCAUUCCUCAGGUGGCCAGCGGACCGGGAGACGGGAUCGAGCCCAGCGGCUGGGAGGAGCCCUCCCCCCAGUCCAUCAGCCGCAAGCUGGAGAUCGACGACGGGACCUCGGCCUGGGGCGACCCGAGCCACUACAACUACAAGGCCGUCAACCUCUGGGACAAGAACAGCGCCCCCUCUGGCCAGACGCCGCCAGUGCAGGCCCCGCAGCAGCAGCAGCAGCAGCAGCAGCAGCCGCAGCAGCAGCAACGCCAACAGCAGCAGCAGCAGGCUGCCCACCCACAACAGCAGCAGCACCAAGGCAGGCAAGGCCACCAGCCUGUCCCCUCUGGGCCCAGGGACUCGAACCCGGGCCCUGGAGCUCCCAGCCUCCCCGGGAAAGGCCCCGGGCUUGUCUGGGGGGGCAGCUCCGGCCCCUCCGGCCCCGCGGUGGACAACGGGACGGCGGCCUGGGGGAAGCCGACCGACGCCGCUUCCGGCUGGGGCGACGCCGAGGAUUCUGGGAAGGCCGCGCCUGGCUGGGGGAACCCCUCUCCCAGCUCCGUGAAACCUGGACCGAAGUCUAUGCAAGAAGGCUGGGGCGAAGGCGAGGGGUCGGUCAGCGCCUCCCGCCACUCCAGCUGGGAGGAAGAGGAGGAGGGCGGCGUGUGGAACAGCGCUGGGUCGCAGGGCAGCGGCUCCUCCUACAACUCCGGCGGUGCUGACCCGCCUGUCUUGUGUGCGCAGGGUUCUGUGAAGGCCGGCGCGGGUGACUCCUGGAUGAACCCCAUCUCCAGACAGUUCUCCAACAUGGGCCUGCUGGGCGACGACGGCGCCGGCGGGAGGCCCGUGGACCUGGCGCCCGGCCCGCCCGCCCAGGAGAAGAAGCCGGAGGUGAAGGAGCGCGGGAUGAGCCUGAGCGACUUCAACGGGGAGCUGCGGAAAGGGGGCAGGGGGGGAGUCUUCCGAUCGCCCGGUUCCAAAGAGGUGGGGUCUGGCGAGGCCGGGCCUUACUACGACAAGCUGACCUUGCCUUUCUCCAAUCAGGAUGGGUGCCUUGGGGAGGAGGGGCCUUGCUCUCCAUUUUCCCCACCCACUGGUUUCAAGCUCCCCCACUCGGGGGCGCCAGGCCCUGCCCCUCACUACAACCACCCUGCCCCCCCUAGACAAACGGGCAGUCACGGCGUGUUUGGUGGCGGCGGUGGGAUGGCGCAGUCUCGAGGCGUCCACCAGGCCGGGGUGCCGCCCAUAAACCCGUCCCCAGGGAUACGAGCGCAAGUGCCUCAUCAGUUCCUGCCGCCUCAGGUGCCGGGCUCGGUGCUGAAGCAGAUGCCCCCCAGUGGCAGCCUGGGUGGGGGGAUGUUCGGGGUGGGACCCCAACUCUCCCCUCAGCACCUGGCCAUGCUCAGCCAGUUGCCGCAGAUCCAGCAGUUCCACCUGGCCUGUCAGCUCCUGUUACAGCAGCAGCAACAGCAGCAGCAGCAGCAGCAGCAGCAACAGCAGCAGCAGCAGCUCCUGCAGAACCAGAGGAAAUUCCCUCAGAACCUCCGGCAGCAGCCUGACCCCCAGCAGCUGGCCCGGAUGAUGGCUGUGCUCCAGCAGCAGAGGCAGCAGCAGGGAGGUGGGGGCUCCAAGCUGUCUCCCUCUCAUCUGGGGGGCACCCCCAAACCCCACCUUGCUGAUCCUCUACCCCACCCCAGCCUAGGCGCCUCCCUGGCAGACCUGCAUCCCAAAACGCAGGGAGGGUACACCGGUGAGUCUGUCUGCGGUGGGCUGGACUGUGUCCAUGUUAUUAAUAACCUUCUCUCCUUGUGUGCAGUGUGCAGUGUCCAGUCAACAGGCCCCAUCGGCGGCCCGGUGAAGCUGCGAGGCGGCUCCCCCUACUCCCAGUACGACAUGCUGGGGGGCGCCGAGGCGCUGGGGGCGCCCCCUGCCAGCGGGGGGGACAGCUGGCUGCCACACCGCACCCCGGGCAGCAAGCUGGGCAGCAAGAUCGGCACCUCCAGCUGGCCCCCAGAGUUCCAGCCCGGUGUUCCCUGGAAGGGGAUGCAGAGCGCUGACCCCGAGUCUGACCCCUACGUGACCCCGGGCAGCGUGCUGGGAACCUCGGGGUCCUCAACUCUCGCUGACACUGAGCACCAGCUGCUGAGAGACAACACAGGGUCUAACCCUUCCCUCGACACCUUGCUGCCUUCACCCGGUGCCUGGCCCUACAGUGCCUCUGACAGCCCCCACAGCAACGCACACAACUCAGCAAAGUACACUGAGUAUAAACCCAGCUGGCCUCCCGAGCCCAUUGGACACAACAAGCUCUGGAAGACCAAUCGCAACUCCUCCCAGGUGCCACGCCCCCCACCGGGGCUCACCAAUCAGAAGCAGCCCUCCCCCUCCCCCUGGGCUGGAGGAGGCCCACGAUUGGCCAGGGGCUGGGGAGGGGGCGGUGGCCAAGACACUAGAUAUGGGGCAGGUAGGUUCAUUUUAAUACACACCUCGAUCGUGGUACGUACAGCCAUACAGCACCUGUUCGGUGCCAUAGCAUUAUCAAGACCGUAUUUGAGAGAACAGUGGAGCUUAGACCUAAAAAGGCUUCAUGCCGAGAAUCCCAAAAAUGACAUUUCUGGAUUAUAUGUGGAUUGUGUUUUUAAUUUGAAUAUUUUGUUUGGUUUAUCUCUUUGCUUCUGUGACUUUCUCCGAACUGUACCCCCCUCUCAGAUUGACGGAUCGACUCUGCGCACCAUCUGUAUGCAGCACGGCCCGCUGUUGACCUUUCACCUCAGCCUGAACCAGGGCAGCGCUCUGAUUCGCUACAGCUCCCGCCAGGAAGCAGCCAAGGCCCAGAGUGCACUGCACAUGUAGGUCCCUCUGCAGAUCGCACUGCAGGACACGCUGCACGUCCUGUAGGACACACCGUAGGACACGCUGCAGAUCCUGCAGAUCGCACUGCGGACACACUGUAAGACACGCUGCAGAUCCUGUAGGACACUCUGCAGAUCGCACUGUAGGACACUCUGCACAUCCUGUAGACACACUGUAGGACACUCUGCAGAUCGCACUGUAGGACAUGCUGCACAUCCUGUAGACACACUGUAGGACACUCUGCAGAUCGCACUGUAGGACAUGCUGCACAUCCUGUAGACA